AAUAAAAACUGAAAUUAGGUUCACAUUUGAGUGAACAAUUUACUUGGACUUCCGUCGCCACCACAACAAAGUCCGCAUCAAAAUUUCAUUUAUCAAGUUUCGCAUUUUAUUUUAAAUUCUUUUGUCAAAUUUGAGUAUGGCUUUUAGCGGCGAAUUGAUACCUGGUAUAUUUUGUCCGGAUGAGAACAUUGAACAGUUUGCAACUCUUUACGCCAAUGAUAAUGUUUCCAAAAGAAUUAUUAUGUCCUCGGUUCUUAACCCGUAUGAUCUGCCGCGAUAUAACCAUCCGCACGUUUCUACUGAGUAUUUUCCCCGUAACUAUGUUAAUAAGAGCACAACUAGCUCGCAUCAUGUAGCAAGAAAUUUUCAUGGAUCGGCCAGAUCCUCGAGGAAUUGUGGCUAUGGAGACCACAAUCCGACGCCUUCUUAUCAAAACUAUAAGCCGGAAUAUCCUUCUAGAAGGAUCAGUUCACCGCAACACUACAACGGAUUUCAAAACCAGAAUUUCGUUUACCAACCUCCACCAGGACCUAUAUAUCCUUGGCUUUAACAUAAAUGGAAAAGUCAAAAUCCAUACGCUUAAUAGUUCGGUCAUAAAGUUACAAUCGGUCUUUGUCCCUUCUUUUUUUUUUUUUGUAGGUGAAAAAUUUAAAGUUUUGUAUAUUUAACAGUAGAUACGGUGGUGGCUUAUGAAAUGUAAAAUAAAAUUGUCGAACUAA